AUGUCUGGUAAACUCUCCUCAGCCUACUACCACACCACUUUCUCCGCUUCCCUUCUUACCUCCACGCUCGUCGAUCGCAUUUUCCGUCCAAACCUCCUGGAACAGUCCUGCGAGGCUGUCAUAGAGUUUUUAAGUACCAAGCAAUCACCACCGGUGCCCGACUUUGACCCCCAGGCGAAGAGCUUUCUGGCAGAACAUAUAUUUGAUCUGGUUAAACUUCUUUGCACACCCUUCCUACCCUCCUCCAUCAGCGAUCUUGUAUCUCGUGUCAAUCACAGCCUGCCCGAAAAACUGCGCCCUUCGCAAAAACGUCUCGAUGAGUUCCGUUUUGCAACCGAGCGUGGUGCCCGGAAGUGGCAGUUUUGCAUACCCGCGGACAAAAUUAUCCUUCAGCUCAGAACAGCCGAGGGCCGAAUGGACACAGGCACGGCAACCUUCUUUGUUCUUCUCGUGGAGUCUAUCCUCAGGUGCAUCGUACAGGCUACGUUUGACUACAGAUCUAAGAUUACGAAGGUUUCUGGUAGCAUCACGGCCACCGAUAUUCAGCAUAUUAUCAGUCUCUUGGGCAUAACCGAUGGUCCUAGCGGCGGAGUGAAGACCUCACUGCCGUUCAUUCACCGUCGUCUCGGAUCCUAUGAGGGCUGCCUUAAGGAUCUUCAGUGCUUUUUGAAUGCCAGUGGUGACCAGCUGGCUAUGAUAAUUCGCAUAUUUUACGAACCUCUCAAUGACAUUCUUACGGAUCUGGCCCGGAUGCCGCAGACCGUGCUGGAUCAAAACGGCAGUCCGGAGGCGCUUGAACCGGUCCUGCGACCAGUUUCCAAUUGUCUAGUCACCAGGGCGGCUUCUACGGCUCUUGCGGUACUGAAUAGCGCAAAGAGCCUCUUUACGGACAUGAGCAUCCUCUCCGAGGCGGCUGAUGACGCCUUCGACAAUACUGCGCAUAUGCUGAAGUACUGUCUGCAGGAGCCGGCUGAGGAGGAUCUCUUCCAGGGUUUCGCUUACUACGCGGACACCUUUUUCAGCGAGGACUGCAAUCAGUGGAUCUCAGUGCUCUCCGAAACCCCAAGUGCGAUUUUUGCGUUGCAUCGUUUCCAAAGACACAUGGUCAGAACAAUUCUGGAGCAGGUUUCACUGCGAAGAGCUCCAGAAAUGGAGCUCCGCUUCGUUGACCCACACGUCUGCAGCCUUUGUCGUUCUAUCAACGAUUACCUCCGCAGCGACUCUGAGCAGCAGAACUCCUCAAACAGUUGCGCCUCUAGUGGAGGCAGUUCUGCGCCAUCAAGGCCCUCUGACACGGCGAUGACUGCUUGCAUCCCAGUGCCUCUGAGUGAUACUCUUCUUUCACGGCCUCUGCGUCAGCAGCAACAGUCACAGAAACAGCAACAA